AUGUGGUCUCAAGCCUCCCGUCAGCUUAGCGACAAUCUCUCAGCAGAGGAUGUGAAAUGGCUUUAUGACUUGGAUGAUGAACAUUUAGAUAAUACUACGUUCGAAGGUCCGGAAUCGUCGCUGCAAAUGGCCCCAGCUGUUCUCACGCUUUCUCAAGUUUUUGCCGAUAGUCAGCAACUGGAAAAUGAAUCCGUGAUUUCCGACUCGGAACCAGAGUGCGAUUUGAUUGGCGAUCUUCUGAGAGAUACACCAUUGGAACCAGCACAAAGAAUAGAGAAAGAUGAGAUAUUUUCAAACCAGCAGAUGGAUGCACCAGACUCAGUGGAUGUCCUUACGAGUAUACAAUUUGCAUCAACAUUUCCUAAAGAAUCGGAAAGCCCUUACAGUGAAAACCAGGAGAUCGUUUCCUCACCACUCAAGCAACCGAAGGCAGACAGCGGCCCUUGGCCAAAGAGCCUUGUCAUAACGUCCUCACCUAUUCCUGAAAGUCCCAUUUCCCAAGAAGUUUUCCUCACCGCAAAUGCACAUUCUUCGACAGUAAAUUCCCCCGCAGGCGGGUCGCCAUCGAAGGACGAAUCAUAUGUUUCACGCUCCACUAUCGCAUUUCAUGGUACAUUUCUGCUUGUACCGCCUCUGCUGGGGAUAAUCUUAAAAACACUUCAGCAGGAAAGCGAGGGGGAUGUGAUUCCGGACUCGGAGGACGAAGAAGAUGUAAGUAUCAUCGAAAUCACACGGGAAAGAUGUUCCUCUGCUGCAUCUGUACUACAAGUUCCGUCCAGCCCAGGACAAGAUCUUCCACCAGUAUUGCAUCCAGGAGAUGCACAGUCUGUGUAG